AUGGGUUCUAAGCCUAGCUCACCCAUCAAACUGCCGGGAUUUAACCUUCCCUUGAACUGGCAGCCCGAGGACACGGAACUUUUUCCCAACGCAUUAGAUUAUAAAGAUAUCAGUGAUGGCUACGUUGGUCAUCUUAGCACUCAGCGUGAAAUAACCAUGAUGCGGGUUAUGAAUACAAUCACAGAGAAGCCCGAGUGGUAUCGCAAGGUGUUCGAUGAAGGCAUCACGUCACGAUGGCAGACGGAGGUGCUGGCAUCCGGUCAAGAUGUGACUCCCAGAAUGAUGGACUACAUCGUCAAGGAACUCCAAUGGAAAGCACAAAAUCUUCAGAAAGAAGGACUGCUUCCGAUAUUUGACGUCGGGGUCGUCCGCUCCGACACGGCGGUUUCAGAAGAGCUUCAGAAGGCCUUGCAGCAAGCCGUCGCUCCCCUCGAGAACAUCCCGACCCAUCAAAAGGACUACCACCCAGGCUCAGACCGGAAGGUUGUCGACCUCGUUCAUCCUUCGCUCUUCCCUUUGGUUUACGGGUGCACGCGCAUCCUACCCGAUCGUUUGAUCACGUCGGACAGCUGUCUGGGCUGUAUUGGUCAAGGGGUGGUCGUGCCCGUUCCGUCGGAGGAAGAGGCCGGGCUAACCCUUGACUCAUUUACUCCGUCCAGGAGAUGGAGGGUGGAGCAAAUGCGCUCGUUCAGCCGACAGUUCCAAUGGCUGCCCUGCGAUGUGGAGUUGGGCGCAGAAAGUGGCUGUCGGAUCGUCUCGUAUAUCAACAACCUGCACCCGACAGAGCAUCAGCCGCUCUACCGCGUCGUGGAGCAGAUCAUCGAUGCAGCCAUUCCGCUCUGGGAACGCAGCCUGACGCAGGUUCGGGAGGAAGGAAACGAGCGCAUUCCCUACAGUGGAGUCUCGUAUUUGCCACACCCUGACCCGGAACCGAAGCCCCAGGAAGGAGAGGACUCGGAUAGCGAGGAGUUUUCAGAUCGCUAUUAUGCGUGGGAAAAAGCUCGUCCCAUUGCUCUUCCGGAGCCAGGCCCCUUCAGAGCCCCCGAGCCCUCCUGGAGAGGCUGGGUGAACUUGCGAGAGUCUUUCCAUGAGACGGGGCUGCAGGUCAUUGUGAAACUGGCCACCAUUGAACUCACUCCGGAGCGACCAGAAUACGAUGGGGGCUCAUGGCAUCUUGAAGGACAGCUGAAUGAACGCAUCUGCGCGACCGCCAUAUACUACUACGAUAGCCAGAACAUCACCGAAAGCACGCUGUCCUUCCGUCAACGGGCUGGGUCUCUGUACGAUGUUGGUUAUGAGCAAGAUCGACAUGAAUUCAUUCACGCAGUCUAUGGCUUUGGUCCCGACGUGAGCGGAAAUGGGGAAUCCCAAAUCACCCAGCACCUGGGCAGUGUAGUGUGUCGCGAAGGGCGACUACUUACGUUUCCCAAUAUAGUGCAGCAUCGUGUGUCACCGUUUGGCCUGGCAGAUCGCUCGCGGCCAGGCCAUCGCAAGAUCCUGGCGCUGUUCCUGGUGGACCCGCAUCGGCGCAUCAUCUCCACCGCGAAUGUACCACCGCAGCAAGAGACCUGGGCCCGCGAGAGACAGGAUGCGAUCCAGCAGGUGCUUGCGCCAAAGUUACCGGCAGAACUACAGCAGAUGGUGGCUGAUAACAUCCCUGCAGCUGCCAUGACCCUGGAGGAAGCCCGGGAAUACCGGGUGGCACUGAUGGACGAGAGACGAGCCAAACAAGGUCCGCAAAAUGACGGGUUUGAAACAGGCGAUUUCUCACUUUGUGAGCAUUGA